CAUUUCUCCAAAAUUUGCAUACGACACUGUAUUCCUUAGCGCCAAAUAGAAGAAUUGUACGGAGACGUAAAAUCAAAGUUUUUUUUAACCCGGCAGUUGACUGUCAGCUGCUCUGCUGAACAUUUUCGCCCUCGGUGAUGUAAAUUCUUAAUUACUUUUGCGUUCCCGAGACCCAAACAGCACACGGUCGACAGCUAUGAUCAAACUUGAUCUCUCGCCCGGGUUCGGCUACCUACCAGUUUUCUGGGCGCUUUUCACAUCGUUUACCUUCCUGCUAUGUUACACUAUCGCCGUCUCGCAGAAUCACAUCUAUCCAUUCGUUCCCUCCAUCAGCGACACAGGUGCACGAAUCCCUGAAGCAAACCUAUUCUCGGAGUUCUUCAAUUUCUCCGCGGUUCUGCUGGCUGUGAGUGUGUUUGUUCGCUACCUUCAGUUUCAGAUGCUGACCAAGGGCUUUGAAUCGUCGGAUCUUCAUCUCAGCCGUUUGAACAAGUUUGGUUUGGGCUUCGGACUUGUUAGCGCGUUUGGUGGAACGAUCAUCGCUAAUUUUCCAUCGAACGAGGUAAGUCAAAUCAGUGUACUUGAACACGAACAUACCAAAGUCCCUGGUAUUAUACACUACAUUGGUCGAACUUUGGUUGGAGUUUGUGGAAUAAAGUAUUGUUCACUUCAAACCAUUAUCACCUACUACCUCAUUAAACCGCAAACAAAUACCGUCAAGCUUUUCGCGCUGCGCCUUGCAACAUCGAUUCUUCUGUGCAUGAGCGGUCUCAUGCACGUGUCUAUGGACGUGUGGCUUGCAGCACGGCUUUUGAAAGGAGCCGCCAAUUCUGAGAAACAGAGAUAUUCUAACUUGAAGGAUGAAGAAGACACCAUGUUCUUUAUAAAUGAUAUCAGUGAAUGGUUGACUUUUGUGCUUUUUGCGCUGUUUUCGUCGACGUAUAGUGUGGAAUUUCACCGUCUGGAUCGGUUGGAAAUGAGCUGUUUUGAAAAGGAUUCUCAGGAAAAGAAGCCAGCUGAACGGUUUCAAAACGGUUAUUUCAAACUAAAACAAGAAGGGAGUGAAAAUUCUGAUCUAGAUUGA